ACGUUGCUGGCGCAGUCGCACUCGGUCACCGGGGUUCGGCUGAGUCUGUGGGCAGAGCAUUCUUAAGGUCAUCUGCACCUUCUGAGUGGGAAAAGAUGGUCAACGUCUUGAAAGGAGUGCUUAUAGAAUGCGAUCCUGCCAUGAAGCAGUUCCUGCUCUACUUGGAUGAGUCCAAUGCUCUAGGGAAGAAGUUCAUCAUUCAAGACAUUGACGACACUCACGUCUUCGUAAUAGCAGAGUUAGUUAAUGUCCUCCAGGAGCGAGUAGGUGAAUUAAUGGACCAAAACGCCUUUUCUCUUACCCAGAAGUGAAAAUAUUAGAUAGUGACCACUUAGGAAUUAUGAGGAACAAAUGUGAAACAGACUGUCACCAUUUGGUAUCUUAUGUGACUGAUCACACCUAGAGAAUUGCUUAAGAGCAUGCUGCUGGAGAGACUGUAAUAUCAUUUGAUCUGAAAAAAGCCCCUGAACCAAUUUUGUUGUUUUGUUUUUUAAGUACAUGUACCCUAAAGUUAAAAAAAAAAGGGGGGGGUGCUUAAACAGUGGCUUUUAUUACCUUUUAUUAAAAUAUAAAGUGUUUUUCAUACAUUUUUCAUACCAAUUUAAUAUAACAAGCAUAUAAUGGAA